UCAACGUGCAAAAACUCACCCAGCGAAUCUCGACGGUGACAGAAGCUGUCGAAGCUUAUAAAUAUAAAUAGUUGGCUUUUUAAUCUCCCGUUACGGCCGACUGAGAGGCCUGAAAGUUACACAAUAACAGAAACGAAAGUGAAACACUUUCCUCUCAUUCGCAUCGCUUUCUGUUCUGACAGAGGAACCAAACGCCAAACUCCACCGAAAGAAAAUGGCUCAGUCUGAUAUUGACGAGGGAUUAUAUUCUCGACAACUGUACGUGAUUGACCAUGAUGCAAUGCGUCGCAUGGGAAAGGCUGAUGUUCUCAUUGCUGGAAUGCGAGGCCUUGGCGUGGAGAUUGCCAAGAAUGUGAUCCUGGCUGGAGUUCGAUCGGUCACCAUUCAGGAUGAGGGUGUGGUGGAGUGGAGAGACCUGUCAUCUCAGUUUUACCUAAAGGAAUCUGACCUGGGUGAGAACAGGGCUUUGUGCUCUGAGAAGCAUCUCUCUAGUCUGAAUGUCUAUGUUCGAGUGUCUGCCUGGAGUAAAAAACUCGACAAGGACUUCCUCAGCAAUUUCCAGGUUGUGGUGCUCACAAAUUCACCUUUAGAAGAGCAGCUACGCAUGGGAGCGUUCUGCCAUUCAAACAAUAUAAAGUUUAUUGUGGCUGACACCAGAGGGCUUUGUGGGCAGCUGUUCUGUGACUUUGGAGAAUCGUUUGAGGUCAGAGACACAAAUGGAGAGACUCCGGUAUCUGCCAUGAUUGCUAAUAUAAGCAAGGACAAUCCAGGCAUAGUGACAUGCACAGAUGACGAAAGCCACGAGUUCACUGAUGGCAUGCUUGUAAAUUUCUCUGAGAUUCAAGGCAUGACUGAACUCAAUAGUUAUGGCCCCAUUGAGAUCAAAGUGAGAGGCAAAUACUCCUUCAGUAUUUGUGACACAUCAAACUUUUCUGAGUACGUGAAGGGUGGAGUGGCAACUGAAGUGAAACAGCCUGAAAUCCUCAGCUUUAAACCUCUGAAUGUGGCUCUGGUUGAAGUGAUCAGAGACCCUGAGCUUCUGGAGAUGACAGACUAUGACAAGACACAAAGACACCUGUCUCUGCACCUGGCCUUCCAGGCCCUGCAUACAUUCACUCAGAAAUACAGCCGCACACCCCGUCCUAGAUCCCAGGCUGAUGCUGAAAAGUUGGUUUCUAUCACAAAAGGGCUCUGCAUAGAUGCAAAGUUUGAUGAGCUUGAUGAAGACGCUGUAAGGCAGUUAUCUCUGGUUGCCAGCGGUGACCUGGCGCCCGUCAAUGCCUUCAUUGGUGGUCUGGCUGCUCAAGAGGUGGUGAAGGCGUGCAGUGGUAAAUUCACUCCUCUUAGACAGUGGCUGUACUUCAAUGCCCUGGGAUGCCUGCCUCAGGAGACCGAUGGUGUCCUUUCUGAAGACGCCUGUGCUCCUAGAGACAGCCGAUAUGACGGGCAGAUUGCGGUGUUUGGAUCUGCUUUUCAAGACAAACUGAAGAAACAGAACUAUUUUCUGGUCGGAGCUGGAGCAAUUGGUUGUGAGCUGCUGAAGAACUUCGCUCUGAUGGGUCUGGGUGCAGGAGAGGGCGGGAACAUUACAGUGACCGACAUGGACUCUAUUGAGCGAUCUAAUCUAAAUCGACAGUUUCUCUUCCACUCUAAAGACAUUGGGAGACUGAAGUCUGAGGUGGCGGCAGAGUCUGUUAAAGAAAUGAACCCUUACAUGAACAUCACCGCUCAUCAGAACCGUGUGUGUCCUGAGACGGAGGAGGUCUACACACGUUCAUUUUACAGCAAACUCCAUGGCGUGGCAGCCGCGCUGGAUAAUGUGGAUGCACGAGUCUACCUCGACCAAUGUUGUGUGCGAAACAAAAAGCCCAUGCUGGAAGGAGGGACCCUGGGUAGUAAAGGCCACACUUUGGUGGUAGUGCCACAUCUGACUGAAUCAUACGGACUCUCUACAUCUGGAGGACAGAAAGCCAUUCCCAUCUGCACACUCAAGAACUUCCCUCACCGUAUAGAGCACACGCUGCAGUGGGCCAGAGACCAGUUUGAGGGACUUUUCAAACAAACGGCAGAGAAUGUGAACAACUUUCUCAGUGACCCAGCAUUCACCGACCGCACAGUCGCCCGUGGGGAUGUGGAGGCUGUGGAAAUACUGGAGGGUGUCUAUAGGAGUCUGGGCGAGGAAUGGCCUCAGAACUGGGCUGACUGUGUCAGCUGGGCCCGCAGACAAUGGGAAACGCUCUACAGCAAUCACAUUAAACAACUGCUACACUGCUUUCCCCCUGACCAGGUAACAAGCUCUGGACUUCCAUUCUGGAUGGGCGCAAAGAGAUGUCCACAUCCUUUGACCUUUGACGCCAACAAUACCACCCAUACAGACUUCAUUGUGGCGGCGGCCAAUUUAUACGGGCAGAUCUAUGGCAUUACAGGCUCAAGAAAUCAUGCCGAUAUUCAGAGCAUUCUGCGGGGAGUAAAAGUGCCCGAGUUCACCCCGAAAUCUAGUGUAAAGAUAGCAGUGACCGACCAGGAGCUGAAAGAGGAAAAUGAGGAGAGAAAAGAAGAAGACCAAGUCAAGCUAGAGAUGUUAAAGGAGAAGCUGUCCAAAAUCCAGCUGAAGGACAAAAGCUUCCGGAUGCAUCCACAGGAGUUUGAGAAGGAUGAUGACAGUAAUUUCCACAUGGACUACAUAGUCGCAGCAUCCAACCUGAGGGCAGAGAACUACGAUAUACCAACAGCUGACCGCCACAAAAGCAAGUUAAUUGCUGGCCGCAUUAUUCCAGCGAUCGCCACAACAACAGCUGCAAUCGCUGGGCUGAUGUGUUUGGAGCUCUAUAAGCUUGUCCAGGGUCACCGGGAGAUCACAUCCUACCGCAAUGCAUAUAUAAACCUGGCCACCCAAUACUUUGUCCUCUCACGUCCUUGUUCGGCCCCGACAUACACAGUCGCAAAGCAGCGGUACUCUCUUUGGGACGACUUCCUGGUGCAGGGCCGGCGUGAGGGUCAAAAGGAAAUGACCUUGGAGGAACUGCUGAAACACAUUAAGGAAAAGCAUAAUUUGAGCAUCACCGGCCUGUAUUAUGGCACUGCUAUAUUGUACAGCGACCUCUCUGAUCAUUCUGAUCGCCUGAAGCUAAGCAUGAGUGAAUUGGUACGCACCGCAACCAAGCGUGAGAUUCCAGAUCACCAGCAGAUGUUGGAGAUCGUUCCCUCGUUUGAAGAGGACGAGGACUGCCAGAGGGUCCCACCCAUCAGAUACCUGCUCAGGUGAUGCUGGAGACCGCAGCCUUACCUUCACAAACAAUAAGAUCUGCUAUCAACUGCUCUCAAAUAGUAAAAUACUCUAAAGUACCUUUAAUUCUAGAUUAAUAUGUUGAACAGUCAUAAAAUCAUGCGAAAUUGUGCACUGCAUAAAAAACUAAGUAAAAACACUUUACAAAAAGGUAUCUUCUGUUGACAUUAAUGUAUUUACUACACUGGAAAAAAAAUAUUAAAAUUUAUUUAUAAUUACAAAGAAACAGCAACAUGUAAUUGUGAAUCAAAUAUGGAAAUAUUGUUUUUAUUAACUUAGAAUUAUAAAGAGUUUAUUUUAUUUUGGUUAGUUAAAAUAGAGUUGCUCAUUGUUCAGUGCACAAUGCAUUAAUGUUAAACCAACACCUUUUGAUUUUAAAAAUGGAUUAAUACACAUUGAAAUAAAUGAACAAUACUUCUAUUGCAUUUUUUUUAGAGUUAAUGUUAAGUAAUGUUAACAAACGACGCCUUGUAAAGUGUUAGCAACACUGAAAAAGUCUCAAGUAAACAGAUCAGAAUAUUUUGCAGUUUAAAACUUGAACUGGAUUUUUUUUUUUUUUUUUGAGAAGAAUGACAAUUUUCUGUCUGCAAGUAAAAUAGCUUUCUGUUAUCAUGUUUAAAAGAAAUACUUUGUGUCCUGUAUCAAAGUGACCCCUGUGGUUUGUUGAUUCCUGCCCUCAUCCCUUUGUUAUGCAUUCAUGACCACCCACCCCUCGCCUCACUAUUAUCAUGAAAACACUCCCAGAGCAGAGCCAGAGACCCAAAUCAGCUGCGUCUGUUUCAGUUCAUUAAUUUAAUCACCUUUAAACACAUCUGUGUGCGUUCAGUCCUAAUCACGUUACGGCAGUGGCUCACAUUCACAAAAAGACUUGACAGCUGGGCCUUUUUCUUUCUGGCAUAUUCCUGUGUCAAGCCUUCAAAUUUAAGCAAAAUUCUAAAUAUAAAAAAAAAUAAAAUAAAAUAGUCAGUUGAGUUAUUUUGAAGAGAGCAUUCCAUGAGUCACUUCAUUACGGACUUU